AUGUUCAAACUCCAGAUUCCAGAGCAGCCUUUGAAUAAGCCAAUUGGAGCUUUGCUGUUGGAACAUUGUAAAAUCACCAAAGAAGAGGAGAAUGUCUUUUCAAUCAGUUUCAUUGAGGAGCCGGACAGGAAAUACUCCUUUGAAUGUGACACCGAGGAGCAAUGCCAGGAGUGGAUUGAGGCUCUCCGAAGAGCCAGCUACGAGUUCAUGAGAAGAAGUUUGAUUUUCUAUCGGAAUGAGAUUCAGAAGAUGACAGGGAAGGACCCCCUGGAGCAGUACGGAAUCUCCGAGGAAGCCCGAUUCCAGUUGGGAACACGCAAGCUCUAACCUGGCAGCCUCCGCUCCCACCCACCCCCAGUGGGGCUUAACUGGCACUCAGCCACCUCUUUGUGGGGUGAAAACACCAACCCCCUGCCGGGGGGAGCGCCUGGGACCAAGUGACUUAUUUAUAGGCCAGAUCAUUUGUACGUUUGUUUUUUUUUUAAUGGAUUCAUUGCACACUCCCCUUCCUGUUUGUCUUCAGCCCCUCGGAGCUCCCAUCUCCCUGCUGGGUUGUAGAAGCAGCAAGUCUUAACUGGCCACUGCUGUGUCAGCUUUAACUUGAUCGACCAUAAAACUGCUAGGCUGAGGGACGUAGGGGCUGCCCCGUCCUUAAAUGCCUGCUCCGAGGGCUGCUGAAAGCCCUCAUCAGGAGUCCCGGGGGCCUGGGGAUUUCAGCUAUGAUGCGGAUGUGGAAACAGGGCUGGUCUUCCCCCCGGGGGAGCGGCCCAGUGGUCUUCCAGCAUGUGGUGCUAUUAUAAGGCAGGGAUGAUCUGGUGUAGAGGGUCAGUGUCUGUUUUAUGCCAAAAACAUGCCCGUAGUGGCAGCAUUUCUGCUGGGAAUGGCUUCAAGGCUUUGGCCAUCCAGCUCUGUAGGCAGCCUGCCGCACCCCCUGGUGGCUGGAGUUUGUCACCUGGGUGCUCUGAGCCAACUGGUGGCUCAUGCUCUGCUGGCGUUUGGAAAACUGGCUAAUCUCAAAGGGAGGACGAGGGUCUGUCUUUAAGGGGGUGUUUUUUGGCUGAUCGCCCGCUUCCUUUGCUCACAGCGGUGGGGUCCUUGGCCUUGAAAUGCCAGACUCGCCCUCACUUUAACUCGGUCGGGCCCACUCCAGCUGCUAGAUCUGCACUGCACACGGUUCAGCUCUGGAAGAUAGAUGCAGGGAGCAGCUGUUUCAGGUAGGGGAAGCCCUCCUCUGUUCUGGAUGGCUACCCCCAACUGGAGGGAGGAGGAACUGGCCCUUACUCUAAACAGGGUUAACUUGUGUCACGUUACUGCAUGGUAGCUGUUGCUGCUCCAGCUGACACUGUGGCUGCAGUGGGCAGUGUCUUCAUUUCCUUACAUGUACACACAGCAGCAGCGAUUGCGUUGUGAGGGGCACAGGGCAGCAGCAACUAUACAGGGUUACUGUGGCCUGUCUCAGCUCAACGCUCUCACUAGGGUCUGAUUUUGAACUAAGGCAAAUUAAUCCAGCUACCAGGAGCCACCCUACAGCCUCUUAAAACGCACGUCCAACGUCCUGCACAGGUGUAGGGGUGUGGCUUUCUCACCAGUGCCCAGGAGUGAGCAACGCAAGGGUUUGAAAGACACCUGCAGUGAGGCAGUCUAAACCAAACUCCUCCCCCGGAUCUUGAGAGCACGCUGUGGUCCCUAGUGGCAUUGUUCCCUUGCCUAGGAGUGCUGGGCUGUCAUUGGCUUGCCGGAGCAGGCGGCCUGGGUGGAUGCUGCUGUAGUCCCCUUUACUGGCAGGGUGAGAGGUAGAACCACAUCCUGUCCAUACCGAGCUGGGAGACAGGGUUCCACAGCAUGAAUAGUUGUACAGGACGGCUUCAGGCUUUACUCAAUAUACAAUACGCCACAUUUGUUUCUGCAGCUUCCCUCGUCCUCAGCAGCGUGAGCAGAAAAGACCAAAGCAAUCCAGUGAUUUCUGGAGAGGGCUGGGAGACCUGCCUUAGUUUUCUCUUAAGGUGCUUCUCUCCAAAGCAGCCACAAGGGGAGGCCCUAGCUGCAGGCACCCUUCUCCCCGCUGGCUUUAGUCAUCAAUAACCAGCAGGGACCAGCAUUUUCCCCCUAGCACCUCUGCAGAGAUUUGCUUUUGGAUGGAAACAAAGGGCCACCUUCUUUAACUGCUGUAAGGCUGCCAGCAAUGAAGUUACAGCCUGGCACGAGUUGUGUGGCAGGGCUAUUGCCAAGCCAUGUAGCUGUAGCCCUCUCACCAGCCUUGAACCUACUGGCUGAGCAGCGCAGAGUCUGUCAGCACAAACCAACAUUCAAGUGCACAGGGACUGACCCUGAAGCUACGAGGCAGCUUUCUACUGCAGGAUGCAAUUGCUUCAGGGAUGCAGCAGUGUUACUUAGGAGACUCCCAAGGAGGAAAUAAUUAGGGUUUAGAACAUUAGGAGAGGCUCAUUGUUUUAGUACAAGACAUCAGCUACCUCCAAUAGAGGUGGGAGAUAGGGGCCCUACCCACCUCUUCACCGGGACCACUUGUGUUCAGUAGAGGCUGUUGCUAGUAGCUUCUAGUGUUCAAUAGAGGCUGUUGCUAGUAGCUUCUACAUGCAGCUCUAGGACGCAGCAGACAAGCCCUGUAGAGUGUGGUAAAGAGGAUGUAGUACACUCAUUUAACUGAUCUUUUGUCCUGGCCAUAUGGAAUGCGAUUAGAGCAGCCUGGGUGAUUGGUGGAAGCUGUGACUCGCUAAGGCUGCGCAGUGGUGAAGGCUCUGGAACACCUGGGGAGCACAGCUAUGCCUUCCUGUUCAUUGCCCCGGGAAGCAGCAAUAGGGGAUUAAGCAAGAGCGCUUUAGAGAAUGACCUCAGCUGCCCCUAUACUGCUUUCUCAAGCAGUCCUUUUCUUGGCCUUUGCUGGUGCCCUGAGGUAGAACGGUGCUCCCCUCUGAGGUGAAGGACAAGGUUAGUUCAAAUAUGGCUCUUACUACCUAGCGGCUGCUAAUGUUUCCAAGGUUACUAUGGCAGUUGUCCUUUGUUGCUGCAAUUAAAGUCUUUGCCCACUUUCACCUAAGCGGAUGCAAAGGCUCCAUAUCAGCUGACCUGUGAAAUGGCGUUUAAGAGGCUGCUUUGAACUCUGUUGUAACGGUUACACUCCCAUCCCCGCUGUGUCAGCAGCUAGAUAGCAAGAAUUUUAUUCCCAGGGUCUCAUCUCCGGUAAGUCAGCUACGACAACUCAGCCUAAGCCAGGAGCAGGCUUUUUAUUAACUCCAUAACAUUGGUACAUCACAUUCGGGAAGCUGGAGCUUUUUUUAAGAUAGGAGAAAGCUGAGAAAUGCAGUAGUUUCAUACAGAAUAAGCCAGAUCUAAAUUAUGGAAAGAUUACACCCAAUAUUUCUCUCUCAUGUUCAAAGCCUGUUUGAUUGUUCAGCCAGCUUGCCUUUAGAAUCAGCGUUGCUUAGUACGCUGGCUGACUCAAUUCUGUUUGUUUUACCGGACUGUCUCUUAGCACCUCUCAACUUACUUGAGAAAUCUUUACUAUUUAAAAUCCUAGCAGGUGGCCAUUUGAACAGAGCUCGCGACAGCCAAGAUUUCAGAACUGGAGCAUUGGUCACUAUUGUUGCAGGUUACUUAGAGCAGUCAAACUACUGUAUAAAUAUUCCCUCUUCUGCCUUCCCUGUACAAAAACACUAGCUUUUUCUUGUUACCCUUUCAAAGGGCAGACCUUAAGCUUACGGUUAUCAUUGCACACUGUCUAGAAAUGGGCAUUUUGUUAGGGUUUGGGGGCGGGGUACAUUAGGUGAGCAAGAAACAGCUCCAGCUAUUUGCUUAGAUUAGGAGGUACGUAAAUUUCACUUUCAUUACUUAAUUGAAUGUAUGAAGACAGAUGCUGUGAAUAGUUAUCUGAGCAUGGGUGGUGCCCAGUAACUCACUAGAACUAACUUUACAUUUCAGGAUGAAGGGGGAACAGUUUUAGGAAUCUGUUGUCACUGGUCAUUUAUAUACACGUUUAUUACCUGUUCAGGUUCUUUUUUCAUGUUGGUGGUUAGUUGCUCUAACAGAAGCAUUAUAGACUGAUGCUGUUCAUAGGUUGUACAAUCAAUGUUUUAAAUAAACACCACCUUUAAUUGUUU